AUGGGAGUUCCAGCAUUCUACAGAUGGUUAACAGAGAAAUAUCCAAUGAUAAUACAGGAUGUAAUCGAAGAAGAACCAGUUGAAAUCCAAGGAAUUUCAAUACCAGUUGAUACAAGUAAACCUAAUCCAAAUAAACUUGAAUACGAUAAUCUUUACCUUGAUAUGAAUGGUAUUAUUCAUCCUUGUUUCCAUCCUGAAGACCGGCCGGCUCCUACCACAUUCGACGAGGUGUUUCAAUGCAUGUUUGAUUAUAUCGAUAGGCUUUUUGUCAUGGUUCGCCCACGUAAGCUUAUAUACAUGGCUAUUGAUGGUGUGGCUCCAAGGGCAAAGAUGAAUCAGCAGCGGUCUAGACGUUUCAGAGCUGCUAGAGAUGCGCAGGAAGCAGCAGAAGAAGAAGAGCGCCUGCGAGUAGAGUUUGCGGAGGAGGGAAGAAAGCUUCCUCCUAAGGAAACUUCACAGGUCUGCGAUUCAAAUGUUAUCACUCCUGGAACCGAAUUUAUGCAUGUUUUGUCAGUUGCGCUGCAGUUCUACAUUCAUCUCAGACUAAACAAUGAUCCCGGGUGGAGAUCAGUUAAGGUUAUCCUUUCUGAUGCUAAUGUUCCUGGUGAAGGGGAACACAAAAUUAUGUCUUAUGUUCGUCUGCAAAGAAACCUUCCUGGCUUCGAUCCAAAUACCCGUCACUGCCUCUAUGGUUUGGAUGCAGAUUUGAUUAUGCUGGCAUUAGCUACACAUGAAGUUCAUUUCUGUAUUCUUAGAGAGAUUGUCGUCAAUGCACAACAAGACAAAUGCUUCAUAUGCGGUCAGGUGGGUCAUUUAGCUGCAAACUGUGAGGGAAAGGAUAAGAGAAAAUUUGAGGAGUUGGAUGAAAAGCAGGAAACUGCUGUAACAGCAAAGAAGCCAUACCAGUUCAUAAACAUCUGGACGCUUCGAGAGUACUUGGAUUACGAGAUGAGAAUUCCUAAUCCACCAUUUGAGAUUGAUCUUGAACGUCUUGUGGACGACUUCAUCUUUCUAUGUUUCUUUGUUGGAAAUGAUUUUUUGCCUCAUAUGCCCACACUGGAGAUUCGAGAGGGUGCCAUCAACUUACUGAUCGCUGUCUAUAAGAAGGAGUUCGGGGCAAUGAAGGGGUAUUUAACCAACUCUAGCAAGCCUGAUUUGAGCAAGGUUGAACACUUCAUUCAGGCAGUGGGGUCGUAUGAGGAUGUAAUUUUCACCAAAAGAGCUAGACUUCAUCAGCAGCAGGCGGCAAGAAUCAAGCGUGACAAAGCCCAGAAACAAAGGGGUGAUAAUGUGGAACCUACGGUGAAGCCUGAGUCCCUUGUCCAAGUUGCUCGGUUUCAGGGAUCUCGUCUUGCUUCUUCUCCGUUUCCUUCUCCAUAUGAACGAACAGGAAAGGUGGCAAGACACACUUAUUCAGGGGGAUCUGUCGGUGCAGCCAUUGUUGAGGCUGAAAAUAGCUUAGAGCUGGAGACACGUGACAACAAAGAGGAGCUGAAAGCGAAGCUUAAAGACUUAAUUCGUGAGAAGUCAGACCUUUUGAAUAGAGAUGACCAAGAAGAAGACAAGGUGAGAUUGGGUGAGGAUGGGUGGAAGGAAAGGUACUACAAGGAAAAGUUCUCAGUUGAAACCUUUGAUGAGAUUGAAGCAGUACGAAAAGAUGUUGUUCUAAAAUACGUACAAGGCUUGUGCUGGGUGAUGGAAUAUUAUUAUGAAGGUGUUUGCUCUUGGCAGUGGUUUUAUCCUUAUCAUUAUGCACCAUUUGCCUCCGAUCUCAAGGAUCUUGGUCAGCUGCAAAUAAGCUUUGAAUUAGGUUCACCAUUCAAACCAUUCGAUCAGCUGAUGGGUGUCUUUCCAGCUGCAAGUUCCCAUGCGCUACCUGAGCAUUAUAGGAAAUUGAUGGCUGACCCAACUUCACCGAUUAUUGAUUUUUAUCCGACUGAUUUUGAAGUUGACAUGAAUGGCAAUCGGUUUGCAUGGCAGGGUAUCGCUAAAUUACCAUUCAUUGAUGAAAGUCGUCUUCUUGCUGAGAUAAAAAAAGUGGAACAUACUUUGACAGAGGAGGAAGCAAAAAGAAACAGCUUCAUGGAAAAUAUGUUGUUCAUCUCGACAUCUAACUCGCUCUCUCCAUACAUAUUUUGCCUCGCUGAUCAGUUGUCUAACAAAAAAGGGGCUGAAGUGAAAGAAAAAAUUGACCCCAAGGCCAGUGGCGGGAUGAAUGGAUAUAUAUCUCUUUGUAAUGGAGAUCGUUGCCCACCGGUCUUUCAAUCGCCUGUUCCCGGAAUGGAGGAUAUUAUGAAUAAUCAAGUCAUCUGUGCUAUUUACAGACUUCCUGAUGUACAUACUCAUGUCGCUCGACCUUCAGCUGGUGUUAUCUUCCCAAAGAGGAUGGUCGAAGUAGAAGAUUUGAAGCCACCACCUACUUUAUGGCAUGAAGAUAAUGGAAGGAAACCAUGGGAAAAUGUCAGGCAAAACAACCACCACAGAAAUGGAAGGGGUUCUGGUCGACAUCUUGGGGAGGCAGCACAUAGAUUUGUCAAUAACAGUUUACAGUUUAAGACAGACCGUAAUGUGGAGCAGAUGCAUGGACACACAUCUUUCUCAAAUGGCAGGCAGCACAAUGAUAACCAUGGAGGUCCAUAUAAUCAUGCUUCUGCUCUUAAUAAUAAUAAUUAUCCUAACCGCCCUCAGAAUGAAGAAAACUGGAGAGCGUCUCAUACCAGAGACCAUUAUCCCGUGCAUGAUUAUCCACGACCUCCUCCUGGUGCAAUUGGUGUCCCACCCUUGUAUUAUCCUGGUAACGUGGUACAAACAUAUGUGGCAGAUGGACACCAUGUAAACCAAAGAGGAGCCGCAUAUGGUGGCUAUGGGAGCCAGCAGCACUCAAGUGCAGGUGCUGAUAACCAUUAUCACGAUAACAGACGGGGCAGAGAUAUCACUUUCAAGAAAGUUAUUGGUGUUUUCCCCAAGGUGUACAAAAGACUUUAUGUCACGUUAUUGUGGUGUUUCUACAUGGUUCGUAUAUACACAAUCACCGGUGUGGCUCUCGGAUUAGCACUCUGGUAUUUCCUCAUCAAAAUGAACAAAAACGAAGGGGAAGGGUUGAAACAAAUAUGCUUGAUAUUGAUUGCUUGUCUAUCAAUCCCUUUCUUUACCGGAUUAGUUUACAUGACUAGUGUUUGGAAUAUUGCAACGGUAGUUGCGAUACUAGAAGAAGAUUACGGCAAGAAAGCGUUGCUAAAGAGUAUGAAAUUGAUCAGAGGAAGAACAUUGCAAUCACCUCUACAAUCAAUCAAGGCUUCUACAUCAAAGAAGAAUACCAAAGUUAUAGUGAAAACUGCAGUUUUUGUACCUCCUAAAAAUGGUGUUGCAGUCAACUUGGAUUUCUUACUAACCAAGGCAACGGAGGGGAACAAUGAAGAAGAAAACAGACUUGGAAAGAGGCAAAGAGUUGAUGAUAAUAAGGCUGUUGAUCAAAACUCUGAAUCCACCAGUACCAUAAUGGCUCCAAAUGCAAAUUCCUCAGCAGCUCACAGGGUCACCACUGGAGAUAACCAAGCAGUAAAUGCAGAGAUAGAGAACCAGUGUACUUUGCGUACACAAUAUUUCAAGAAUCCCCACAGGUUGAAUUCUGUUUUCAUUGUUAUUUUUCUUGCAAAUAUGAAAAUCCUUUCUUGGAAUGUUCAAGGUUUUAAAACUGCUUCUACUAGGAACCAUUUAUGUGAUUUGAUCAGAGCUCAAACCCAGACAUUAUAUUCCUGUCUGAAACAAAAAUAA